UAGCCCUUUAUCUAUAUCCACGCUGUAGAACUUCCUUGACUUGAUCACGCACUCCGACCACCAUCCUGCCUGCCGGCAUACACACUUCGCCGCUGUCAUCUCACCCUCACAACCCUCACUCACAUUGGAAUUGUUGUUAUGAUAAUUCAUCUUGGUCAUGUACAAGCCUCACACUCAUUCCUGCCUGUUUAAUUCCCUGGUUUCUCUCUUUUCGUUUUUACCAUCAGGUUCCAAUCAAGUGUGUCUGACAAGUGCAAUAAUUGUUCUCUACCGCUUCAGUCAAGCAGUAUCUUAUGUCCUACUCAUUUGCACGCGGCAUCUUGCUACACAUGUAACAUGCUACUUCCACCACCUCGCUCGGUCGGAGUUCGUGAAGAAAAUUCUGUGGUGCAGGAUAUUUGACGGGGAAUGCGACGGUGCAAGCAUUCCUUGCGCCGACCAAUUGAUUAAUGAUUGUCUGUCCAUUGGGUUGCCUACUGGUCCCUGAUUUGGUAAUUGCUGCAGCGGCGAUCAUGCCGAUGCAGUUAUUUCAGCGUGGGCCCUGUGCGUGAGUACUUGCAGUCGCACUGUCCUGUCGCUUACUCGAGUCAACCCUGAUUGGUGCCAAGUCG